AUGAACGGAGAUGAUUCGAGCUUCGAGCAGUGUUACCGUUGUUACCCAGUCUCAUUCAUUGAAAAGGCUCAUCUUGAGAAGGGUGACAAAAUUAUCAUGCCUCCUUCCGCUCUCAAUCGUCUUGCUUCUUUGCAUAUUGAAUACCCAAUGCUGUUUCAACUGAGUAACGUCUCUGUUGGGAAGACUACUCACUGCGGUGUACUGGAAUUCACCGCAGACGAAGGCGUUGUUUUCUUGCCGAAUUGGAUGAUGCAAAACAUGUCUCUUGAAGAAGGAGACAUAUUGCAAAUCAAGAAUAUCAGCUUGGUUAAAGGGACUUACAUCAAGCUUCAGCCUCACACUCAAGAUUUCUUGGACAUUUCAAACCCAAAAGCCAUCUUGGAGACAACGCUUAGGAGCUACUCUUGCUUAACCACAGGGGAUACAUUCAUGGUUCCUUAUAACAACAAGCAGUAUUUCAUCAAUGUGGUUGAGGCUAAACCUUCUUCAGCUGUGAGUAUCAUUGAAACGGACUGUGAGGUUGAUUUUGCUCCUCCUCUUGAUUACAAAGAACCUGAGAAGCCACAAAAGUUGACUCCCUCAAAAAAGCGAUCUCUCGAAGUUGAGGAAGAAGAAGCAGCAAACAAAGCUCCCAAGUUCACACCAUUUACUGGAUCCGGAAAGCGCUUGGAUGGUAAACCGCAAACAAAAUCAGCCGAAGAAGAAGAAGAUACAAAACAACAGGCAAAGCCAACUGAGAACGGAAGAGACGAUGAGAAGUUGUCAAGCACCACGCCACGGCAAAAACCAGGGAAGCUUGUCUUUGGAUCAAACAGCAAACAAUCUGCAAAAGAAACUGUCAAAGUUGAAGCAAAGAACAUUGAGCAAGAGAGUUCAACUAAAUCCGAUGAUGCUAAGUUUCAAGUGUUCACAGGGAAGAAAUACUCUCUCAAGGGUUAA